GGGAGCAGACAGCAAGGACAGCCUCACAGCGCGCACUCCUCACAGGCUAGCGGUGCCGGAGCCCAGCCAAAGACUGCUACCAGGGGACUACACUGGACACUUCAGCCUGUAGCCCUCAGCAAGUGUGGAUAUUACACCACAUCCCCGGAAUAUAAUCACCCAGGACCUUACUGGCAUUUUGCACAUGCAGAAGACAAGCACUGUCCAACCUAAAUGACUCAUUGUCAGGAGAAGUGAAGACGUCUUUGAGUUCCUUCAGCAUGGAUUUCCUUGUGCUGGUGGCUGGAGUUAUUUCUCUGCACUUCUCAGGAUGGUCGGUGUCAGGACAAGAAGUGAAUACAUGCGGAGGACGUUUAAAUGCCAAAGUUGCUGGUUACAUCACCUCACCGGGUUAUCCCAAUGACUAUCCUUCUCACCAGAACUGCGUGUGGGUCAUCAGUGCACCAGAGCCUAACCAGAAGAUAGUGCUCAACUUCAAUCCUCAUUUUGAAAUAGAAAAACAUGAUUGCAAGUAUGACUUCAUUGAGAUCCGGGAUGGUGACAGUGAAUCAGCGGAGCUGCUAGGGAAACACUGUGGAAAUAUUGCCCCGUCUACAAUCACUUCAUCUGGCUCGCACAUCUACAUCCGCUUUAUCUCAGAUUAUGCUCGACAGGGUGCUGGCUUUUCACUACGUUAUGAGAUCUUCAAAACAGGCUCUGAAGAUUGCUCCAGGAAUUUCACCAACACUAAUGGCACCAUCGAGUCUCCUGGCUAUCCAGACAAAUACCCACACAACCUGGACUGUGUAUUUACUAUCCUGGCCAAGCCAAAGGUGGAGAUCAUCCUGCAGUUCUUGACCUUUGACCUAGAGCAUGACCCGCUGCAAGUUGCAGAAGGAGAUUGCAAAUAUGAUUGGCUAGACAUCUGGGAUGGCAUUCCAACUGUGGGGCCCUUGAUUGGCAGGUACUGUGGUACGAAGACCCCCUCCGAGAUCCGCUCUUCAACUGGCAUCCUCUCCCUCACCUUUCACACGGACAUGGCAGUGGCUAAAGAUGGGUUUUCUGCUCGCUAUUACCUUGCCCCUCAGGAGGUCCCUGAAAAUUUUCAGUGCAAUUAUCCCCUGGGAAUGGAAUCUAGACGGAUAUCCAAUGAGCAGAUCUCGGUUUCUUCUACCUAUGCGGAUGGCGGGUGGACUGCCCAACAAGCCAGACUGAAUAGCGAUGACAAUGCUUGGGCUCCCAAUCAUGAAACCACUAGGGAAUAUCUGCAGAUUGAUCUCCGCUUCUUGACUUUGCUGAAAGCGGUGGCAACCCAAGGCGCGGUAUCAAAACAUACUGGAGUUUCCUAUUAUGUCAAGUCAUACAAGCUGGAAGUCAGUACCAAUGGUGAGGACUGGAUGAUGUUCCGGAAUGGCAAAAACCACAAGAUUUUCCCUGGAAACAAUGACACCUCAGAAGUGGUAUUGAACAAGUUCCCUCAGCCAGUGUUGACUCGAUUUGUCCGAUUCCGUCCUCAGACUUGGAACGUGGGGAUAGCAAUGAGGGUGGAACUUUAUGGCUGCCAGAUCACAGAUGGUCCAUGCUCCAACAUGCUGGGAAUGAUGUCUGGCCUUAUUUCAGACUCCCAGAUCACAGCAUCUUCCACCAGAGAGUAUUUGUGGCUUUCUGGUGGAGCACGCUUGGUCAGCAGUCGAUCAGGCUGGUAUUCCCGUAUGACUACUGAGCAAGCAGGAAAGGAGUGGCUGCAGGUUGAACUUGGAACCCUUAAGACUGUGAAAGGAAUUAUUAUACAGGGUGCUCGAGGGGGAGAUACCAGCACUGAAAACAGGGCAUUUGUGCGGAAAUUUAAAGUGGCGUACAGUUUGAAUGGAAAUGACUGGGAGUAUAUUCUGGAUUCUAAAACAGAGCAGGCCAAGUUGUUUGAGGGAAACAUGCAUUAUGAUACUCCUGAAGUGCGCAGAUUUGAUCCCGUUGCUGCACAGUUUGUACGGGUUUAUCCAGAAAGGUGGUCUCCAGCUGGCAUGGGCAUGAGGAUGGAGAUACUCGGCUGCGAUAGAACGGAAAUGGCACCUACCUCAGAGACAGUGAAACCAACCGUAAAAAUUGAAGAGACAACCACACAAGUAGCUAUUGAAGAGGAGACCAUUGACUCCAUAGACGCUGAAGAUUGUGUGGUUCCACCGGGAUUCAAUUGUAAUUUUGACCAUUCGGAAGAUGUUUGCAGCUGGACACAUGAUAUUAAAGCUAACUUCACGUGGUCAUUUCAUCCCAAUAGCACCUGGAUGGGACAUUAUGGAUCCAUUCCUGCCAGCAGUAAAAACUACCUGAGAUUGCCCAGCAGUGGAAGAAGAGAGGGCCAACAUGCCCGUUUACUUAGCCCCAGAAUGCAUCAGCCCAACUGUGCCUUUUGCUUGGCCUUCCGUUAUAGAGCAUCAGGAACUAGUGGUGCCACAUUGCGAGUGCUCAGGAAUUCCAGCCAGGAGAACAGUUUGCUGUGGAAAAUAAGGGAAGAACCGGGAAGUGAAUGGAAAGAUGGCCGAAUCCUCCUAACAAGUUAUGAUGGGGAAUACCAGGUUGUCAUCGAAGGAAUUGUUGGUAAAGGCCAAUCAGGAGAGAUUGCAGUGGAUGACAUUCGGAUAGCUAAUGAUAUCCCCCUGGAAAACUGCAUGGAACCAAUCUCUGCUUUCCCCAAACCGACUGUAUAUCCAGUGGAUGUUCCAUUUGUAAGACACAAUUAUGACCCGCAGGAACGUAACUUUGGAGGGAAACUAAGUGACUAUGAAUCCUACACAACAUUUCCCACUAGUAAUGUGGUAACUCCAAGAUCUGACAAAGAAGAAAGUUGGCUUUAUACUUUGGAUCCAAUUUUGGUAACCAUUAUUGCCAUGAGUUCCCUUGGAGUCCUUCUUGGGGCUAUUUGUGCUGGUUUGCUACUCUACUGCACUUGUUCCUAUACAGGCCUUUCUUCUCGUAGCUCUACAACGUUGGAGAACUACAAUUUUGAGCUUUAUGAUGGAAUAAAACAUAAGGUGAAAAUGAAUCCACAGAAAUGUUGCUCUGAAGCAUGACGGAAUUCUCCAACUUAGUGAUUUUGAACACUUGGUGAUUCUCAUUUAGAAGUCUCCUAGCCAUCAUAUGUGGUGGCAGUAAAUUAGCUGUUUCAGCUUUUCUUCAUAAGGACACUGAAAUAGUUUGAGAAGAAAGGACUUUAUACCAAUGCCUCCCAAAUCUCCAAUGCCUCCCAGUUUUACAGACCUGAUGUAUAAUUUUUGGACUAUCCUACAUAUGGCAUAUUUCUCCAGGGAGGAGAGAUGUGGAUUAAAAUCUCGUAUCAGUGCUGUUAGUGUUACCCCUUGGACUUUUGGGAACAACAGCACUUUUAGUAGGACGAGAUCAACUUCUCCCUGCCCCAAGUGAGGAGUUGCACGACAGCAUCUAGACAUGAGUAGAAGAGCCUUAAGAUUACUUGUGAUUCAGAGCCAUUUUCUACAGCCAGGUCUCUAAAGGAAAUGUGACCGUCUUCUACAUACGGUCUAUUACAUUUUUUUCCCCCCCAAAAUGCCUAGAACAAAGGACACAUUUUUAAAGGGUUUUAUAUUCAGAGCUGGCUUUGAUUGUACCUUUUAUGUAUUGUAUGUUUGGGUGGGUAGGGUUGAUUACAAUUCAUGUAUUGUUUUCUGGUGAAGCUUAUUCAAAUUACAGUUGACCCCCAAAAUUUCAUUUGCUAUCAGUGUGCUGUAGACAGAUUUAUUACAGUGCGCCUUCCUCCAACAAAUAGUAGAGAAAGCCAUUUAAUGGGAUACUCAAUUAUUUAAACCCUGGCUUGGUGAUACCAGUGCAUUUCUAUGUGGCAUUCUUGUGAGCACUGGUUCAUAUCCAAAUGGCUGCCUUUUCUAUAUGAAGGUGAGAGAAGGACUUACAGUAUCUAGUCUUUUGCUUUUCAGGUAAUGAGUAUGGAAACUCUGAUAGGAUCAAUGCCUCUUGCAUAUUCACACUGCACACUGAACAUUGUUAUUUCAGUUCCCUUGCUGAAGAUGUACUAGUGCAAUUCCAUAAAACAUGGUUAUGAGUGAGAGACCCAAAUGGGGGAUUCACUGUCCUCUUAGAUUUUAGUACAAUGGUAAGGUGAAUAGGCAAGUCAUUCUACUGGCAUAACUCAAGACAGCAGUAAAAAAAAGUAUUAACUUUGGGUUAGUAUACUUCCAUCACAUACAUAUUAUGUAGUACUUCCUCAUCAGAUGUUCUCCAUACUUCUGUAUGGACACAUAUCAUAUCCUUUAAUAGGUGCUGUUCUUUGUGUUAUAAAAAGAGCAGCAUUUAUAGAGCACAUACUAAGUUAGGGUGGAAUCUGGAAGUAUGAACAGCCUUAAAACAUGCAUAACCAGCUGGGUAGCAAAGCAUGCUGGGAGUAAACUAAGAGCUACUUCUUAUGUGUACCUGCCUUAACUAUAUGUAGCAUAACUCAUUGGCAAUGUGUUUACAUGUAGUGGUCAUGUAGCAUUAGUUCAUAUGAAAGUAAGUGGCAUUCCUUUAUUAAGGUGAUACCCAGCUCACAGGACACACAUUCAUGCAGUUCAAUGUUGGAGCAUUUCAUCAAACCUAAUAUCAAAUCCAAAUAAGUAGGAGAAAUGUGUAGGUUUCCAUCAUGCUUCUCUUUGUUCUUUAGGAUCCAGUCACAGUUUUUGGAUUAUUUAGAACACAACCUUAUCUAAUAAAAUAUUUUGAUCCAACAUAGUCACGCAGGGGUCUUUCACGAGCAGUGCUGAUUUUGGAUGUGUUGCUGUGUAAGGGCUUAUUCACCCGAACGUGCUGUCCAAAACACAGAUGCCGCCCGUGUGCCUUCCAUAAUUUGCAGAACGGACAGCCCUUUAUAGAAAUGCCUAUUCUUGUCCGCAAAACGGACAAGAAUAGGACCAGACUCAUAAUUUUUGCAAGGCAAUGGAUCUUUUGCGGCCCUAUUGAAGUGAAUGGGUCCGCACCCGUGCUGCAAAAAAUGCAGCUCAGAUGCGGAACAAAACCAUGGUUGUGUGAAUAAACCCUAAAGCAGACUAUAAUAUGUCACUAAUGUCCGCAACAGAUAAAAAAAAAACACCAGCUCGAGCAUCAGUAGUAAAUGGUCAGAUUGGGUGAAUAUAAUUAUAGGUGCACACUCUCACAUUAACUAGCACUUAGUAGCAAUUGUAAGGGGCAAUACCUGGGCUUUUUCUGGUUACUCGGGUGCCUAAUUGUUGACUUUUGUUUGUUGGUUUUUAUUUAUGGAUUGUAUUGCCCAGUUCAUUGUACUGUGUAUGUUUUUAGUAAAAUAGCGUAAACUAGUGUCUUAAACCUACGGGCGUUUUCUUGUUGUACUUUUGAUUAAGGAAAUAGGGGCUGUUUACAUAUCAGGAGCAGCUAGAGUCAUAACUUUUCCUUUACACAUAGUCCUGUUUCCUACGUAAGUGCCUUGGAUAUUAAGAAGAAGAUGGAACUUUUUGUUUAAUGCCGUGAUUUCUUGAGGGCCCUUUCAAAUGUGAAUGUGAUGUACAUGUUUAGGACUUGGUUUGGAAAACUAAUGUAGUAAGUGUGUAGUUCCUGUUGCCAAAGUAUGGAUAGAUAUAGCCAUCGGGUGAUGAUUCAUAGAAGAUAUAGGAUCAUUGUUUUUGCUUGUUCCAGUUACACUAAAUAAUUCUACUUGGUACAUAAAGAAGGGUCAUUUAUAUUAAUGUUGCAUACUGUCAUCAUCUUGGCUACCAACUAUUCAAAUGCUUUGCUACCAUAGAGUCAUUAGAGCCCAUUGACAUGUCAAGAAUUCCAUUAAACAGUUCCUAUACCACAGUGGAAGGAAAAGUGAAUGUUGUGUUGCAGUUGCCAACUGUUCAGUGCCUCUUUAAGGUUAAAGUUUAUACCCAACGCAAACAAUGCAGCAGUAAAGAAAUUUUAUUACUGUAGUGCAACAUUUUUGAUGUGUAAGGAUUAGUUUUAAAAACUUUUUUUUUGUUUGCAUUCUUUUUGUACUGUGAUCGCUGUGCCACCAGGGUCAUUUACUAUGGCCUGCCAAUCAGUUAUACGGCUAUCUGAGAAUGUACACAGACAUCUGUACCACCAAGAUCAUUUACUAUACCCUGCCGAUCAGUUAUACGGCUAUCGGAGAAUGUACUCAGACAUCUAUACCACCAAGGUCACUUACUAUACCCUGCCGAUCAGUUAUACGGCUAUCUGAGAAUGUACACAGACAUCUAUACCACUAAGGUAAUUUACUAUACCCUGCCAAUCAGUUAUACGGCUAUCUGAGAAUGUACUCAGACAUCUAUACCACCAAGGUCACUUACUAUACCCUGCCGAUCAGUUAUACGGCUAUCUGAGAAUGUACUCAGACAUCUAUACCACCAAGGUCACUUACUGUACCCUGCCGAUCAGUUAUACGGCUAUCUGAGAAUGUACUCAGACAUCUGUACCACCAAGAUCAUUUACUAUACCCUGCCGAUCAGUUAUACGGCUAUUGGAGAAUGUACUCAGACAUCUAUACCACUAAGGUAAUUUACUAUACCCUGCCAAUCAGUUAUACGGCUAUCUGAGAAUGUACUCAGACAUCUAUACCACCAAGGUCACUUACUAUACCCUGCCGAUCAGUUAUACAGCUACCUGAGAAUGUAUUCCGACCUCCUAGAAGCCCUUCAGAACCCGGCUACUAUUACUGAAUGUAUCCAUAUAGUUUCACUGAUGAAGCCAGUACGUUUUUCUGGCUUCAAAAAGUCACAAGUUUGCAAUCACUUGCGCAAAAUAAUGACUUUUUGCAUUUUUGCGUAUGGAAAAGUAUGUGAGGUUAGCUGUGUUAAUGAGUUUCACUUCAGAUUAAUUAUUCAGACAUUUAAAAAAAAAGUUGCAAUCUGACUCCAGCAGGGGAGUGGAGUAGCUUUUCUAGACAAAAAUGUUGAUGAGACAAAUUUAUCAAAAAACAUGCGACAUGUAAUAUAAAUGUGGCAUAAAGUACAUAAACACAGACUCAAGCAAAACUGACAUCAAAUAUUCCCCUCAUCAUAAAUUUCCUCCAUAGAGGUUAUAUUAGAUUCAGAUCAAAUUAACACUUUAUAUGAUAAUAGUAAAAACAAAUAUGGGUCUUAAAAGCAACUUUGAAAUGACUAACAGUCGUUUUCAAGCAUAUUUUUGCAGUAAAUUUGUCCAGAAUUUCAAGGAACAUUCCAUGAAAGUCCAUUAAACUGUAUUAUGCCUUUUGCAGGAUUUUUUUUCAUAUGAAAUGACAAAUAUUACACCCGAUAAUACAAGCAGUCAUUCAUUACAGCAACCACGACUCCAUACUGGACAGUAAGAAUGUUUUUGUAGAAUUGAAGGGUCUGAUCUUGCAACCAUAAUUUAAAUUGUUUUUAUUUAUGUGUAAUGUUAAAGCGGCAAUGAAAUAUACUCAGCAAAUUUCAUAUUUACUUUCUCAAAACGUAAGUCACUCUGCCACUCUUGAAUGUUAAGGGCCUCUGUAAGUGUUUGAUAUUAAAAGUGAUUCUAAUUUUUAGAAUAUGCUUUCACAAACAUAAUCAGUCCAAGACCUUUUAUCAUUUGUAAAUAAUUUCUAUUACAACUUACUGUAACUCCCUCUCUAUUUAUAUUUCCCUAAUUCUUUUUAAAUCUUUAUGUAAAUAUGAAAUUUGCAUUGAGUAUUUUAUUUUUUGUCACCUGCUGCUUUUUUAAUCCUUUUACGGGGGGGCUUGGAAUGGCUUGGCCUUGCAUGCUCCUUUGGUAGCAUUGGGGUUAAAUGACAUCAUUCCAUUUGCUGGCUGAGCCAGAAUGAAUGGAUUUAAGAGCUUUACUGUGAUUCUUUAUGUAAAGAAUUAGAGAUACAAUGGAAACUGUGUUAUGUAAUUUGUAUAAACAUUUUUUUAAAAUAACUAUUUAAUAAAAUAAUAAGCCAGAA